AUGAUAAAAUAAAAUUAUUUGGAAGUUCAACAAGAAUUCGAGAAAGUAAAACACGAUUCCGAAAUAUAGUUCGCACAUAAAAUUCAAAAAAAAGACUAAAAGAUUAAAAAUCUUUAGUAUAAAUUAGAUAUGGAAAUUAAAGAUUAAAAGGUUAGAAUAAUUGAAAAUGUAGUUGAAACACCAGUUUUGAUUGAAGUUCCUAUGUUUGUAGAAAAACCAGUUUUAAUUAAAGAAGAGAUAACAUUGAAAGAAUCGCUUUAAUAUGAGAUUAUAAGGAUUAAAUAGGAAAUCAAUAAUUUCUAGUAACAACCUAAAUCUACAUGCCUUUAUUUGGAAAAGUUAUGUCAAUUAUACGAAUAAAAUCUAACUAUUCCUUCGUCUAAACUUACUUUGUUCGGUUCCUUAGUUUUGCAUAAAAAAGGAUGUAAUGUAAUUAAAUGUCUGUGUAAAGAUAAUUAAUUUAAUGAAUUAGCUGAAUGCAAUAUAAAAAUUUAAUACUGUCAUAAAUUAAAAAAUAUAUUUAUAUUAAAAUUUCAAAAUAUAGGUGAAGAGAAACCUACUAUUUCUGGGGGAAUGAUUAUUGAUUUAGGUAAAGAUAUCAAAGUAAAAGGUGUAGAUUUUCCAAGGUUAUCUUAACAAAUGGAAAUUUUCGAAUUAUGGUUUAUGGAAUAUAUUGAUUUUUCAUUCGAAAAAUUAAUCACUGAUUUAAUGAGAAAGAACUAAUAUUAAAUAGCAGAAGUACUUUUUUUAAUAAAUUUUUUAUUUAAAAUAAUAUAGGAAGUUUGUUUGAGAUACUGGUUUUUUUUAAUAAAGUUUAAGAAAAAUUAAAUUAAAGCCUUAUAUUAAAAUAAAGUAAUGGCAAAUCUUUUAAAAAAUAAAAGUUCGUUUUUUUGUACAGUUGAGAGAAGUUUAACAAAUCUAAUUGAAAAUCGAAUAAAAGAAAGAGAUAAAGCACAUUUUUAUUCAUAUAGUUAAAAAGAUAGAUAUGAUGCUGUAAAUAAUUCUAAAUUUGAUAUAAUGGUUAGUUCAGAAACAAUAAAAGAUAAAUUAAAAAAAUUAUUAGGAAAUUUAGUGUUUGAUAAAUGUGAAUAUUUUGAAAAGAUGAUUAAAAGUUUUAAAUCUUUAGAAAAAAUGAGAAUAGAUACACUUGAAUUUAUAUAAUAUGUAUAAGUGUUUGAAAAAAUGGUUUAAGAAUAAAUAAGUAAAAACAAAGGUAAUAUUUACUUUUUGAAAUUCUAAUCUCUUUUAAAUGCUUAUAUAUUAUUCGAUCCUUUACGUUGUAAAGAAAUAGAAUAAUAAUUCGAAGAUGUAAUAAUAAAAGACAAAGCAUAAGAUGCAAUAAAUACAAUUACAAGUUGUAAUAUUCUCGAAGGAAAUGUAGGAAGUAUUGUAGCCAGUUUUUAAAGUUUAUAAAAUAAUGGAAAAAUAUUAAAGUUUUCUGAAAAAAUACCUUAGAUAUUUUCUUAUGGAAGGCAUGAAUUUUAAAUGAUAGAAAAUAUCAAAUAAUUGAUACCAAAUUGUAUAAGUAUAAUGCAUGAUUAUUUUUUAAAAAGACUUGUAAAUACAGGGAUUGCAAAGAGUGUAAGAAACUUUAGACCAAUGUUUGCUUUAGAUUAAACGGGAUAUAUUUUUAAAGUGAAACUCUUUGUUAAUUACUAUUUCAUUAAAUAAAAUGAUUUUGCUUUUAGUGCUCUUAUUGUUAAAUAGCCUUCUAAUUUUAUGUUUAUUAUUUUAAAUUCUAAUGGUUAUAUAGAAGGAAUUAGCCAAAAUUUCAGUUAAUUAAUUAAAUAUGAAAAUAUUGAUAUUAAUUUUUUAAAAAAAUACCAUUUUUCUAUACUUGUUCCUUAGUUUUUGGAAUUUUUAUAGAAAUUUAAUAAAAAAGAAGAAUAUUCAUUUUUAAAAUUUAGAUUAAUAGUACCUAAAGAUAUUAUUAAAUAAGGGAAUUAUUUCAUCCAACACCACUCUAAUUAUUUCAAUUAGUAAUCUUUUACAAAAGAAUGGACCAAUAACAUUUAAAAUUUUAUAAGUGGAGUCAAAAAUGAAGGGAAGGAAGUAGAAUAUGAAAUAACUUUUAAUUUCUAUCAUGAAAUUUUUAAUUUCGAAGGUUAAAAAAGACUUCUUUUUUAUGUAGAAAUAUAAAAUUUCGUUUAGUGGGACGAUAUAUAAAACUCUUUGUGUAGUGGCAACACAAUAUAUUCAAAAGAUACUAAUCAAGAAGCAAUAGAAGAAAAAGACGAAGAGGAUGAUGAAGAAGAUGAUGAUGAAGAAGAAGAUCAAAAAAAUAGACAAAUAUAAUAAUAAUUUUAAGGAGAAAAUGAAAAUCUUCUUUAAACUUCGCAAAUAGUUUAUGAAAUUGAUCAAAAAUAAAACGCUCAAAAUAAUACGGAAAAAGAAUUUAAUUAAGUACUUUAAAGCUAUCCAGAAAAUAACACUUUAAUAACAUAUUCGAAUAAUGAAACAACACCUACAAAUGCUUUUUUACAUGAAAAUAUAAAUUAAAAAAAUGUAAUGUCUGCAGUAUAAUAAUUAGGUAAGAAAGCCAUUCAGAAUUUAUAGACAAGUGAUGUAAGUAUAAAUAAUUCAAACAAAAUUAAAGAUUCGAAAGAAAAUUAUGAUUUAAAUAAAAGUAAAGAAUCUGUAAAGCUUUCGGAAAAUAAUGAAAAGGAAGAUAUUGCAUAACAUUUCAAAAAGGCAAAUAAUAAUCAAAACUAUGAGUAAAGUUCUUAAUCGAAUUCUGUAAACUCGUCUACUAAUAUGAUAUUAAAAAGCAUUAUUUUAAAUACUUCAAAUUAGGAAACACCUGCUUUUAUGCUUUUAUUAUAUACUGUCUUCUUGUUUUAAUUUGCAGUUUUUAUCACUGUUGUUAUUGUACUUGUUAUUACUACUUCUUAAAAUUUUAAUGAUUAUACUGUAGGACUUAAUGAGAUGGGAAGAUGUGCUAAAUUACUUUUACCGAUUUCUUAAACACUUAUUUCUACGGAUUUGAUUUGUAUUAAUAAUUUAAAUUAAGGAGUAUAGUACGAGUAGAAUAUUGAGAAAUUUUUAUAAGAGUAAAUUAAUAUUAAUUAUUAUGAUUAUAUUGGCACGUUAUAUAAGCUUAUAGGAAAAUAAAUAUAGUAUAGUUAUUAGACUUCUAUAUUUAAUUUUGUUUUGAAUGCUGUUUUAAUUUCUGAUGGAUAAGAAGUUUAAACUGAAAUACAUUAUACGGAGUUUUUGAAGAAAAUUGGGGAAAGUAUUUAUUAACUUACACUCUAAGGAAAUUAAAAAAUUUUAAAUGAAAAAAAUGUAUAAAGAUUUUUAAUGACUAAUAACUUGAAAAGUUUAUACUAACUUAUCCAUUAAUCAUAAAUAGAAGUAAAUAAUGAUAUUGAUGUUUUAAAAGAAAAUAUUAUUUAUAUUAAUUAAUUUAGUGUUAUAUUGGCUAUUUUUCUUAUUAUUUUAUCUUUUGGAUUCUUAUAUCCUUCUUAUAGGACACUCAAGUUUAAUUCUUAAAGAAUUUUAAUGAUUGUGAGUAGAAUGAAAGAGGAAGAGACUUUUGAGAUUAUUGAAAAUUUAAAGGUUAUUGGAAAAAAACUGUUUUCUGAUGAUGAUGAGUAUUUGCAUUUAGAUUUUUCGAAUUUGGCUUUAAGGGAAUAGUCAGAAAAUUAGAUAAAAGUUAGUUCUUAAAGAAAUAGAAAGAAAACUAAAAAUUAAAAAUAAAAUUAUUUAUAUGAUCGUAUUUCUAAUUAAGAAUUAAAGUUUUUGAAUUUCAUUAUUAUUCUUAUGAUAUUAUGUAUAUUAUCUACUGCUUUUUUUUUGAUUAUUUUUAUUUAUAUGGAUCAAUUCUCGAAUAAAUUUGGUAUCCCAGCUGAAAAUUAUAAGAAUUAUGUAGAGGCUUGUUUGUAGUUUUCGGCUAUGCAAUCAUCUCAUAAUAUAAUCAUUUUGAAUAAUUUAUUUAAAAAGACUUUAAAUAUUUAGUAUAUAAAAAAUAUCAAAUAAAAUGAACUUAUAACUUUAAGAGACAGUCUUUUAGAAUAAUCAAGAAAUUUUUUCACAGAAAAAUAUUUAAAUAUAGCUUUAAGUAGUGAAGGAGAAUAUUUCAAAAAUAAACUCUAUAGUUUAAGUACAUAAGAAACAUGUAAUUUAGAUAUAUUAUAAAAAGAAUAUAAAGAUAUUUGUUAAAAAAAUAUGGAAGGCUUACUUAAUAGAGGAUUAAUUAAUUCCAUUAAAACAAUUUUUAAUUUAGUUUAAAUAUAAAUACUAACUUAAGAUUUUGAUAAAUUAGUUGCUUCUAAAGAAUAUUAAGAAAGUUUGAUAUAAAUGUAAUUAAUAGUUUUUUUUUUAAGAACAAUUAUAAGCUUUUUUGAAGAUGAAAAUAUAAGAAUUAAAGAUGAGUUUGUACUUACUUUAUAAUUAAUUUUGAUUCUUGGAAGUAUUUUUUAUGUACUUCUUUUUAUACUUAUUAUUGGUAUUUAUAUGAAAAAACUAAAAUAAGAAUAUCUUACUAUCAAAAAAGCCAUUUAAAUAAUUCCUUAUAAAAGACUAACUGAAG